AUGAGCAAGAUGACCAACCACGACGCCUGGAAAAUCCAGAAAACGAUCUUGCAAAUGGAAUUCCCGUUUAUAGUUCUCAAAUCCCUCCAGUUUGCCCUGUUCCGCACCUACGGCAUCCCAACAAUAUCCACCCUCCUCCUCAGAACAUCGCAAUUCUCAGACUCGGCUACUUCGUUCAAACGGUACGCGGACACAGGGGUCCUAAUCGGCGAAUUCAUGGCCUUUGACCCCAAUUCCGAACGCGCCCAAACGGCCAUCGCACGAACAAACUUCCUGCAUAAGGGAUACCGCGCAAGUGGCAAGAUCAUCGAAGCUGAUAUGCUCUACACACUGAGUUUAUUUGCAAUGGAGCCUAUCCGCUUCGUGAAGCUGUACGAGUGGCGUGAAAUGACCGAGAUGGAGCGCUGUGCUGUUGGUACGUACUGGAAGAGUCUUGGGGAUGCCCUCGACAUCAGCUAUGAAGCCUUACCCUCCGGAAAGACAGGGUUCCGGGAUGGGAUUCAUUGGUUGGAAGAGUUGAGUAUCUGGAGCGAGGGAUAUGAGCUGCAGCAUAUGAACCCGCAUCCGAGGAACAAGGAGAUUGCGGACAAAACCAUCGAUGUGUUGGUAUAUAAUCUGCCACGGUUUUUGAAGCCAUUAGGAUUGUAUUUUACUUCUUUCCUGAUGGAUGACCGACUUCGAGAUGCUAUGAUGAUUGAUCGACCACCUGUCUUUCUCGCUGCGCUGUUCGGAUCAAUGCUUCAGCUGCGCAGAUUGUUUCUCCGCUAUGUGGCUCUUCCGCGACCAAAAUUCAUGCGUCUAGAUGUCUUCACUGAAGAGCCGAAUGAGAAUGGUAAACAUUUUGUUCUGUUCUACGAAGGUCCCCCCUUCUAUGUGCAGUCCACGAUGUGGAGGCGCUGGGGUCCUGUUGCUUGGUACCAGUGGGCAUUGGGAAAUCCCUUACCUGGAGAUAAUGGUAAUACGUACUCUCCCCAGGGAUACUAUACGCCGGACCUGGGUCCUAAGUACUUUGAAGGCAAGGGGCGCAAGGAAUUGGAUGUGAUCAAGGAGAGUAUUCGCACGCAGCGGACCGGUCGAUGUCCAUUCCCCUAA